AGGAAGAAAGAGAAAGAUAGGAUAGGAUAACAGAGAGAGAGAGGAGCAUGGCAAGAGGAAGAAAGAGAGAGAUAGAAUUAUUGCAUGAUUGGCUAAAGAGGGAUUUAAAACUCUGCCCAGUUGGCUGUUGAUUAGCCUUUCUCUCUUUGUGUGGGUGUGUUUUGGGGCUUAUGCUAUGUCACUGUGUGUGUGCAACUGAGCCAAGCUCUGCAGUUUGACCUAAAGCUGCACAUUCCUUUCAGCUCACGUCAAAGCUGCCUGGGAGAGUAAUAGCGAGAGAGUACAGAGCGAGAGGAAGAGAGAGAGUGAGAGAGGAGCGUGCCCCGUAGUGUGGUGAGGGACUUAAAGGGGAAAUAGGCAACAAAGGAUAAGAGGUUGUGGAGAAGCAGCUCUGAGCGUGGAGACAUCAGCAGGACCAUGUUGCUGUCUUUCCUGGCUUCGUGCUGUGGCGGAGCAGCUGUUCUGUAUGUCCUGUACUCCUGGCUGAUCCCUGCAGCUGUGCAGUACAAUGCAUGGUGGGCCCUGCUCUGGCACGACACCAUUGUAGAGAGGGCACUCAAUAUCCUCACCCGAUCCACCCGACCCCAGCGUCUUCUGAGAGCAGUUCAGAAGAAGGCAAUCAAAGGAGACCCUCAGAGUGUCAUCUCUACUAUCGAUUACUUCUGCAGGCAUUCUGAAUGGGCCAUGAAUGUGGGAGAUGAGAAAGGGGCCAUCUUGGACUCUGUGGUGUGUGAGGUUAGUCCAUCCACUGCCCUGGAGCUGGGUACGUACUGUGGUUAUUCCACUGUUCGUAUUGCCCGCCUGCUGCCCCCUGGCACCAAGCUCAUUACCCUGGAGUUCAACCCAGACUAUGCCGCUGUGGCUCGUCAGAUCAUUGAGUAUUCUGGGCUCCAGGACAAGAUUUGUCUGGUGGAAGGAGCCUCAGGAGAUCUAAUCCCCAAGAUGCAGGAGCUAUUUGGGAUUAAAACGUUUGAUUUUGUCUUCUUGGACCACUGGAAAGACCGCUACCUGCCUGAUAUCAAACUUCUAGAGGAGUGUCAGCUGCUGAGGAAAGGAUCCAUACUGCUAGCAGACAAUGUGAUCUGUCCUGGAACCCCUGACUACUUGGAGUAUGUCAGAAACAGCCCUCGGUACGAGAGCAAAUAUUUCAAAUCCCACCUGGAGUACACUAAAGUGGAGGAUGGCCUGGAGAAAUCUGUGUUCUUGGGAUAAAGACGUGACAGGCCUUGGUUCACAUUCAAUAACACCUACCGCACCUAUGUUUAUCCAGUAUCUUUAUUUACUUACCUACUGCCCAUGUACACACUGAGUGGCACUGUGAAAACAAAACAUCUAUCUGAAAGGGUCUGUGCAAUUAGGAUCCUUGGGAAGUCCCUGCUCCAUUGAAGUUGACAUUUAAAAUGGUUAUGGUUAAGGUAAGUGUUAAGGUUGGGUAAGGGUUAUGGUUAAUGUUAAUGUUAAUGUUAGAGUUACAUUUUAUGGUAGGGACAUCCCAAGGAUUCCGGAUAGCACUGACCUAUCUGUAAGGAAGGCCUACCUGCUACUUUUAGAGGACCCAGCACCAUUUUGACACUACUGCGUAAAUACUGCAAUGUGGGUUUAAUUGAAUGGAGCUCUCUGUAUCCUUCCGUCUGCCAGAGUGGAGCACAAAAGGAAGGGCGGGUGUAUUGUCCCUAUUCACAAAGCCUUUAUUUGACGAUUUAAAACUACUUAGUGUUGUGUAAUAGGAGUCAAACCAAGAUGAACAAAAUCAGGAAGUCAUCUUAUUACCAUAUUUCUGAUGUGAUGACAGUAAAAUGCAGUGCUUUACAUUAUAUUCUUUAUGCUUCA